UCGCGGCUCGCUCCGAAAGUGUGUGUGUUUUUUUGUGUGUUUUUUUUUGCGCGGUGUCGAGCGUUGCGUGGGAAGGGAAAGGAAACCGGUUGUCAGACAAGAAAAACACGCCCCAAUAUGUGCGCGUGUGCGGGUGUGCGAAUGACGCGUCAAAUGUGUGCCGAGCUCCGCUAACUGCACAUCGAAAAGGAGCUUGAAGAAUCCGAGGGGACCCAAAAUGACCAAGUGAACCCUGCCAAGACAUAGUCGAUCUAUUUUUUUUUUAAAAACAUUUCUAUUAUUUGUUGUUGUUUUUUGUGUGUGUGUGCGUCCAAACGAGGGAGAUUAUGACCAUUAAAGUAGCCUUCGAGGAGUGUUUGAAAGACUCCCCGCGCUUCAGAUCCGAAAUCGAGGCCGUCCAAGCCGACGUGGGCGAACUCGAGACGCGGUUGGACAAGCUGCUGAAACAAUGCCAGGCCAUGCUGGAGGCCGGCCGGGUCUACUACCAGACCGGCAAGAGCUUCGUGAGCGGCCUCCAGAGUCUGGGUCAGCACUGCUCGGGGGACACCGUCAUGGAGGAGUGUCUGCGGAAGUUUUCCGAAAAGCUGUCCUUCAUUUUGGACGCGCAGGGGGAGGUGAUUGAAACCACGCAGAUGUCAGUCAAGUCCAAGCUCCAGACGUUCGUGAAAGAAGAUGUGCGCCGCUUUAAGGACGCCCGCAAGGAGUUUGAGCGCAGCAGCGAAUCCCUGGAGGGGGCGCUGGCGAGGAACGCUCAGGCUCCCCGUGGGAAAUCCCACGAAGUGGAGGAGGCUAGCGGCGCCCUGCUCAACGCCCGUCGGGCUUUCAGGUCCGGCGCGCUGGACUACGUCCUCGAGAUUAACGUCAUCGAGGCCAAGAAGAAGACUGAACUGCUGAUGGCUAUGUUGUCGCUGAUGGACGCUCAGGUCCAGCUGUUCCAGAACGGUUCCCGCUCCUUGUCUGAACUGGACUGUUAUCGGCAAAAGCUGAGCAAAGACCAUACGCAGUUUGUCCUGAACUGUGCGCGGGAGAAGAGGGACAUGGAGCAAAGACACGCCGCCAUUAAACAAAAGGUUUGCCACAGCCACAGACGUUACUCCACGCCGGAAUUCUUGAUAGACGGUCAGUUUUCCCGUUUAGACCGUUCCUGCCUCAGGUUUUCACAAAACUCAGAUUCCACAUUUUCCUUGAAAAUCAACCGGGAUCCUUCUACAACUUCCCGACACGUUCACGCGUCCUCGUCAUUUGGGAAAAAGUCUGUUUUGCCGGGUUUCCUCCAGGAUGUUUCUUACGACGACUCCAUGAUGGACUUCAAUCCGGACGCGGCCGACGGCGUCGCCAUGGAGGGUUACCUCUACAAGAGGGCCAGCAACGCCUUCAAGACUUGGAGCAGGCGCUGGUUCUCCAUUCAGAAAAAUCAGCUGGUGUAUCAGAAGAAGUUUAAGGAGCAGCCCACAGUGGUGGUGGAGGACUUGCGUCUAUGCACGGUCAAGCCCAACGCCGAGAACGAGAGGCGUUUCUGUUUUGAGGUGGUCUCGCCGUCCAAAAGCUGUCUGUUGCAGGCCGACUCCGAGAGGCAGCAGCGGGCGUGGAUCAGCGCCGUGCAGAACAGCGUCGCCUCGGCCUUCCAGGAGCGCAGGGAUGUCCAAAACAGUCCGGUGAGAACGCGCAUAACGCGCCGUACGCGCCUCUCCGCCUCCCCUCGUCGACAGCAACCUCGUUUCUCACAGCGGGAACGGUGCAACUCGGUGUCAGGGGGCGGCCCCGUCGCCGAUCAGGAGAGCGAGAGCUUCAAGGCCCUGGAGGAAGUCCAGGCCGUCGCCGGGAACCGGGAGUGCUGCGACUGCGGGGCGCCGAGUCCCGACUGGGCGUCCAUCAACCUCGGCAUCACGCUGUGCAUCGUGUGCUCGGGAAUACACAGGAGCCUGGGGGUCCACUUCUCGAAAGUUCGCUCCCUCACGCUGGACUCCUGGGAGCCGGAACUCGUGAAGUUGAUGUGCGAAUUGGGCAACGGCGUCAUCAACGGCAUCUACGAGGCCCGCAUCGACGAAAUCACCUUGAAGAAGCCCCUCGCCUCCAGUCCGAGGGGCGACAAGGAGGCCUGGAUUCGGUCCAAAUACGUGGAGAAGAAGUUCAUCCAGAAGCUGCCGGAGACGGCUCGGAACCCGUCGCAAAAGCAUCCGGGCGCCAAGAGGAACAGGGCGGCCACGCAGGAGCGCGGCGCGCAGAGACCGCCGCUCAAGCCCAAGCCGAGCCGAACCACCCUGCCUCGAUCGGCGACAGGCCUGAGUGAGCUCCAAAAGUCCAACGCGGGCUCCAACAUAGACGUGAAUGACGAGGAGGAGGAGGAUCUGAGCUGCCUUCAUCCCGGAGCGCUGCUGUACCGCUCGGCGGCCCUGCAGAACUUCCCCGUCAUGGCCGACGCCCUGGCCCACGGCGCCAACGUCAACUGGGUCAACGCAGCGGAGGAGGCCUGCACGCCGCUGAUCCAGGCCGUCUCGGUGAAUGCCCUGGCGGCGUGCGAAUUCUUGCUGCAGAACGGCGCCGAUGUCAACCAGCAGGACAGAAACGGGAGAGGGCCGCUUCAUCACGCCACCGUACUGGGUCACACGGGGCUGGUGUGUCUGUUCCUGAAACGAGGUGCCAACUACAACGCCAGAGACAAAAACCACAAGGACCCCAUCACAAUCGCCGUGGAAAACGCCAACGCUGACAUCGUCACUUUGCUGCGGAUCGCCAAGAUGAACAGAGAAAUGCAGGAGAUGGACGGAUGCCUGGGAAAUUCAGGUGACGAAACCUACCAGCACAUCUUCAGAGACUUCUCACACAUGGCUUCCAAUAACCCAGAGAAGCUGAAGCGUCGUAGCUCAGAUGGCAAAAUCUAAAAUAAUAGUAAUAAUAAGCUUAAUGAAAUGUAGCAUGCUUCAUUCUGUCAAAUACUGUCACUGCAGGGAUAUAUUGAAUUAUUCAAUUGAGAAAAUGUUGAAAUUCCCGCAAUUUUGAACUGAACUUUCUGUUUUGUGUAGCUAUGCCGAAUAAAGUUUAUUUUAAAUCUGA